AACCGGAACAAGGGAGAGCAGUAGGGUUUUAAUCUUUACUCUUUCACUCUGAACCUAUCUGAGAUACCUAAAGAAGAUAGAAACAAAAUUAAAGCAGACAAACGCUUCGUUUUCUUGAUUUUUCUUCUUACUCACUUUCUUGCUAACCCUAGCUUUACUCUGCAGUUAAUUUCCUUGUUUAUGCACUGCUAAAUUCUUGCUCCAAGCCCUAGCUCCCGACUUCAGAGGCCAUUUUCAGAAUGACCCAUUCCUCCUGAAUUCAUGAUCAUGUUGUUGCCAUUUCAGCUUCCUACUGUCAAGUACAUGUGCUGUAUUUGAGAAGUGGAGGCCAUGGAAAGGGAUGACCGUAGGCUCAUGCUGGCUUGCGUGAUUUCUGGGAUCCUCUUCUCAAUUUUGGGAUUGGGUUCCUUCUCCAUACUGUGGCUUGUGAACUGGAGGCCGUGGCGAAUUUAUAGUUGGAUUUUUGCUCGGAAGUGGCCAAAUAUCUUGCAAGGUCCUCAACUUCAUUUGCUUUGUGGUUUUCUGAAUCUGUCUGCAUGGAUCGUUGUUAUUUCUCCAAUCCUGGUGCUUAUAACUUGGGGUUCCUGGUUGAUUGUAAUAUUGGGUCGAGAUUUGAUUGGUUUGGCUGUAAUAAUGGCGGGUACUGCUCUACUACUGGCAUUCUAUUCCAUUAUGCUCUGGUGGAGAACACAAUGGCAAAGCUCAAGGGCUGUCGCCAUUCUCCUUCUUCUGGCUGUUGCCCUACUCUGUGCAUAUGAACUUUGUGCGGUUUAUGUUACGGCUGGCUCACAUGCCUCUGAGCGUUAUUCUCCUUCAGGCUUCUUUUUUGGAGUGUCAGCAAUUGCUUUAGCAAUUAACAUGCUAUUUAUUUGCAGGAUGGUGUUUAACGGGAAUGGUUUGGAUGUGGAUGAGUAUGUGCGAAGGGCUUACAAAUUUGCCUAUUCUGAUUGUAUUGAAGUGGGUCCUUUGUCUUGUUUACCUGAGCCUCCAGAUCCAAAUGAGUUGUAUCCUCGGCAAUCUAGAAGGGCAUCACAUCUUGGACUUCUCUAUCUGGGCUCAUUGUUAGUUCUUGUUGUUUACUCCAUCUUGUAUGGUCUGACAGCAAAGGAGGCACAUUGGCUUGGAUAUGUUACAUCGGCUGCUGUUAUAAUUCUUGACUGGAAUAUGGGGGCCUGUCUUUAUGGUUUUCAGCUUCUUAAAAAUCGUGUUGCGGCACUGUUUAUUGCUGGUACAUCUCGGGUGUUUCUUAUUUGCUUUGGUGUGCACUAUUGGUAUUUGGGCCACUGUGUCAGUUAUGCUGUUGUGGCAUCUGUACUUCUAGGAGCUGCUGUAUCCCGACACUUAUCAGUCACAAAUCCAUUGGCAGCAAGGAGAGACGCCUUGCAGAGCACAGUGAUUCGGUUAAGAGAAGGUUUCCGCAGGAAAGAACAUAACAGUUCAUCUAGCUCUUCAGAAGGCUGUGGCUCAAGUAUGAAACGCAGCAGUAGUGUUGAAGCUAGUAAUCUUGGUAAUGUCAUUGAAACUGGCAGGAGUAUGGCUGCAGCUGAAGGGAGCAAUUGGAAUAAUGUUCUGUCUAAAUCUGCUAGUUUGCAGGAGGGAAUCAAUAGUGACAAAAGUAUAGAUAGUGGAAGGCCAAGUUUAGCAUUACAUAGCAGCUCAUGUCGCUCAGCUGUUCACGAGCCUGAGGGUGGAAUAUCAUGUGCUGAUAGAAAUUUGGAACCCAAUAAUUCUUUGGUCAUUUGUUCUAGUGGUUGUCUUGAAAGUCAAGGGUGUGACUCUAGUGCAUCUAACUCUGCAAAUCAGCAAACAUUUGAUUUGAAUUUAGCUGUGGCAUUUCAGGAAAGGUUGAAUGACCCUAGAAUCACAUCUAUGCUGAAAAGAAGAGCAAGAGAAGGUGAUCGAGAGUUAAGUACUUUGUUACAAGAUAAAGGCUUGGAUCCUAAUUUUGCUAUGAUGCUGAAAGAGAAAAGUUUGGACCCAACGAUUCUAGCUUUGUUACAAAGGAGUAGUCUUGAUGCAGAUAGAGAUCAUCGUGACAAUACCAAUAUUACCAUUGCCGACUCUAAUAAUGUUGACAAUGCCAUUCCUAAUCAAAUUUCGUUAUCAGAAGAAUUAAGGCUUCAUGGUUUUGAGAAGUGGCUUCAAUUAUCCAGACUUGUAUUGCAUCACAUUGUGGGUACUCCUGAGCGAGCAUGGGUCUUAUUUAGUUUUGUUUUCAUCCUUGAAACUAUCGCUGUUGCUAUCUUCCGUCCAAAGACAAUCAAAAUCAUUAAUGCAACACACCAGCAGUUUGAGUUUGGCUUUGCUGUGCUCAUGUUGUCUCCUGUGGUAUGUUCAAUCAUGGCUUUCCUUCGAUCACUUAAGGCAGAAGACAUGGCCAUGACAUCAAAACCAAGGAAGUAUGGCUUUAUUGCUUGGCUGCUCAGCACAUGUGUUGGAUUGUUGCUUUCCUUCUUAAGCAAAUCAUCUGUUCUUCUUGGGUUAUCCUUGACGGUGCCACUGAUUGUGGCAUGCCUCUCUAUUGCCUUCCCGAUAUGGAUUCGUAAUGGUUACCAAUUUUGGGUUCCUCAUUCGAAUUGUGCUGGAAAUGCAGAAAAUGAUCGAACUCCUGCAAGAAAGGAGGGCAUUGUUCUUAUUAUUUGUAUGUCAAUAUUUGUGGGAUCUGUGCUUGCUUUGGGAGCAAUAGUAUCUGCAAAGCCUUUGGAUGAUUUGAGAUAUAAGGGAUGGAAUGGUGAUCAGAAAAGCUUCACUUCCCCUUAUGCAUCAUCUGUUUACCUUGGCUGGGCAAUGGCAUCUGCCAUUGCUUUAGUUGUUACCGGUGUGCUGCCAAUCAUAUCAUGGUUUGCCACAUAUCGUUUCUCGAUUUCCUCUGCUAUCUGUAUUGGAAUAUUUGCAGUUGUUCUUGUAGCAUUUUGUGGUGUCUCCUAUUUAGAGGUUAUCAAGUAUAGGGAUAAUCAGAUUCCAACAAAGGGUGAUUUCUUAGCUGCUUUGCUUCCUCUAGUCUGCAUUCCAGCAGUUCUCUCACUUUGUUCCGGUUUGCUUAAGUGGAAGGAUGAUGAUUGGAAACUGUCCCGAGGUGUACAUAUUUUUGUUGUAAUUGGUCUUCUUCUUCUGCUUGGUGCCAUAUCAGCUGUGAUUGUUGUUAUUAAGCCUUGGACUAUAGGUGCUGCAUUUCUCUUGGUUCUUCUACUUAUGGUAUUAGCAAUUGGUUCUAUCCACCGUUGGGCAUCAAACAAUUUUUAUUUGAGCCGCACACAGAUGUUCUUUGUCUGCUUUCUUGCUUUUCUGUUGGCUUUGGCUGCAUUUCUUGUUGGAUGGUUUGAAGGUAUGCCCUUUGUUGGAGCAUCAGUUGGUUAUUUUUCAUUUCUCUUUCUUCUUGCUGGACGGGCUUUGACUGUUCUUCUUUCUCCUCCCAUUGUGGUAUACUCUCCCAGAGUGCUUCCAGUGUAUGUGUAUGAUGCUCAUGCGGAUUGUGGAAAGAAUGUCAGUAUGGCAUUUCUCAUGCUUUAUGGGAUUGCCCUGGCGACUGAGGGCUGGGGUGUUGUUGCCAGUUUAAAGAUUUAUCCACCUUUUGCUGGUGCGGCUGUAUCUGCGAUUACUCUUGUUGUUUCAUUUGGAUUUGCCGUCUCUCGACCAUGCCUUACUCUCAAGAUGAUGGAAGAUGCUGUACAUUUUCUCAGCAAGGAAACAAUUGUUCAAGCAAUUGCUCGAUCAGCAACCAAGACCAGAAAUGCUUUAUCUGGAACUUAUUCUGCACCCCAGAGGUCAGCUAGUUCUGCAGCACUUCUGAUCGGAGACCCUACUGUUAUGCAUGACAGGGCGGGAAACUUUGUGCUUCCCAGAGCUGAUGUAAUGAAAUUGAGAGAUCGUUUGAGAAAUGAAGAAUUAGUUGCAGGAUCAUUUUUUAGUAGAUUAAGAUGUGAGAGGACGUUUUGCCAUGAACCAACCAGCGAUGUGGAUCACAGAAGAAUAGUUUGUGCUCAUGCACGAAUUCUGGCUCUAGAAGAGGCUGUUGAUACUGAAUGGGUAUACAUGUGGGACAAGUUUGGUGGUUAUUUACUGUUGUUGCUUGGUUUGACUGCUAAGGCAGAAAGAGUACAGGAUGAGGUUCGUUUAAGACUUUUUCUUGACAGCAUAGGAUUUUCUGACCUGAGUGCCAAGAAAAUAAAGAAGUGGAUGCCAGAAGAUCGGAGACAAUUUGAAAUCAUUCAGGAGAGUUACAUAAGAGAGAAGGAGAUGGAAGAGGAAAUCUUCAUGCAGAGGCGUGAGGAAGAGGGUAGAGGGAAAGAAAGAAGGAAAGCCCUACUUGAGAAAGAGGAACGCAAGUGGAAGGAGAUUGAAGCAUCUCUGCUUUCCUCAAUCCCUAAUGCUGGCAGCAGAGAGGCUGCAGCCAUGGCGGCUGCUGUGCGUGCCGUUGGGAGUGAUUCCGUCCUUGAUGAUUCUUUUGCUCGUGAGAGGGUUUCAAGCAUUGCUCGUAGAAUACGUUCUUCUCAGUUAGCUCGUCGUGCACUCCAGACAGGAGUUACGGGUGCUGUGUGUGUUCAUGAUGAUGAACCAACAGCAAGUGGUAGGCAUUGCGGACCAAUUGAUCUUAGUCUUUGCCAAAGUCAAAAGAUUAGCUUCUCCAUUACACUGAUGAUUCAGCCUGAGUCUGGUCCAGUUUGUCUUUUGGGAACUGAGUUUCAGAAGAAAGUUUGCUGGGAGAUUCUGGUGGCUGGUUCUGAACAAGGUAUUGAAGCGGGUCAAGUUGGGCUUAGAUUAAUUACUAAAGGUGAUAGGCAAACAACUGUUGCAAAGGAGUGGAGUAUCAGUGCAACAAGUAUUGCAGAUGGGAGGUGGCAUAUUGUGACAAUGACAGUUGAUGCUGAUUUAGGUGAAGCAACAUGUUAUUUAGAUGGCGGAUUUGAUGGAUACCAGACUGGAUUACCAUUGUCUGUGGGCGACAGCAUUUGGGAACACGGCACAGAAGUGUGGGUGGGAGUUAGACCACCUACAGAUAUGGAUGCAUUUGGAAGGUCGGAUAGUGAAGGAGUUGAAUCUAAGAUGCACAUUAUGGAUGCUUUUCUCUGGGGCAGGUGCUUAACUGAAGAUGAGAUUUCCGCUCUUUACUCCACGAUGGCUUCAGCUGAUUUUAGUAUUCUUGACUUUCCUGAAGAUAAUUGGCAAUGGGCUGAUUCACCAUCUAGGGUUGACGAUUGGGAGAGUGAUCCAGCUGAUGUGGAUUUAUACGAUAGAGAUGACUUAGAUUGGGAUGGGCAGUAUUCUAGUGGGAGGAAGAGGAGGUCAGAACGUGAUGCUCUGGUUGUUGAUGUGGAUUCCUUUGCCAGGAGGUUUAGAAAACCAAGAAUUGAAACACAAGAAGAAAUUAAUCAGCGGAUGCUAUCUGUGGAAUUGGCCGUCAAAGAAGCCCUCAUUGCUAAAGGAGAAGCACAGUUUACUGAUCAGGAAUUUCCUCCAAAUGAUCAAUCAUUGUUUGUGGACCCUGCAAAUCCUCCAACGAAGUUACAGGUUGUUUCUGAGUGGAUGAGACCAAGUGAAAUUGUGAGACAGAACCGUCUAGAUAGUCGUCCAUGCUUAUUUUCAGGGGCUGCAAAUCCAUCAGAUGUUUGUCAGGGCCGGUUGGGUGAUUGUUGGUUUUUGAGUGCUGUUGCUGUUUUGACUGAGGUUUCUCGUAUAUCAGAAGUGAUCAUUACUCCGGGAUACAAUGAGGAGGGAAUCUAUACUGUUCGUUUCUGUGUUCAGGGUGAGUGGGUCCCUGUUGUUGUUGAUGAUUGGGUUCCAUGUGAAUCACCGGGUAGACCUGCAUUUGCCACCAGUAAGAAGGGGAAUGAACUUUGGGUCUCUAUAGUGGAGAAGGCAUAUGCAAAGUUGCAUGGCUCUUUUGAAGCAUUAGAAGGUGGGCUUGUUCAGGAUGCUCUCGUAGACCUCACUGGUGGCGCCGGGGAGGAAAUUGACAUGAGGAGUACUGAAGCCCAGAUUGACCUAGCAAGUGGUAGACUGUGGUCCCAACUGUUGCGCUUCAAGCAAGAGGGUUUUCUUCUUGGCGCAGGAAGUCCUUCAGGUUCAGACGUCCACAUCUCAUCUAGUGGCAUUGUGCAAGGGCAUGCUUAUUCUAUACUACAGGUGAGAGAGGUCGAUGGGCAUAAACUAGUUCAGAUCCGAAAUCCCUGGGCCAAUGAAGUUGAAUGGAAUGGCCCAUGGUCCGAUUCCUCACUUGAAUGGACAGAUAGGAUGAAGCACAAACUGAAACAUGUUCCACAGUCAAAGGAUGGUAUUUUCUGGAUGUCUUGGCAAGACUUCCAGAUUCACUUUAGAUCAAUAUAUGUUUGUCGCAUCUAUCCUCCAGAGAUGCGUUAUUCUGUUCAUAGCCAAUGGCGUGGUUACAGUGCUGGUGGCUGCCAGGAUUAUGAUACAUGGCACCAAAAUCCACAGUUCAGACUGAGAGCAACUGGGCAAGAUGCAUCGUUUCCGAUUCAUGUUUUCAUUACUUUAACACAGGGUGUUGGGUUUUCAAGAACAACAGCUGGUUUUAGAAAUUAUCAAUCCAGCCAUGACUCGUCAAUGUUCUACAUUGGAAUGAGAAUACUCAAAACUCGGGGCCGACGGGCAGCUUUUAACAUAUACCUACAUGAAUCAGUUGGUGGCACAGACUACGUUAAUUCCAGAGAAAUAUCUUGUGAAAUGGUUCUGGACCCUGAUCCUAAGGGAUACACUAUAGUUCCUACUACUAUACACCCAGGGGAAGAAGCACCCUUUGUCCUUUCAGUUUUCACCAAGGCAUCAAUAACUCUGGAAGCUCUGUAGUGGCAGUGCCUAGAGAUCACUUUCCUUUCUGUUAUUCUGCCCUUUGGGCUGAUUGAAUAUGAUGCGCUGCAGAAGAUUCUUGAAUGCUUGGGUUCUUGGUGGAUCAUGCGUAUGCUCUGCUGGAUCCCAGCUUAGAACUCAUAGGGUUUUUGCAGGCUAUGAAGAUGUGGUUCCUGACAUCUGGGAAUUGCUUAUUCUUGGAGAUGGAACUGAAUCCAUUGAAGAACCAAAAGAUAGGGUUACGUAUGAAUGCUUGGUGACAACAGCCACGCUGCUGCCAGUGGAGCAUCGAAGGUGCUCGCGGGGUGUUUAUUUUGUAAAUAGAAGGGGGUAUAGUUGUAACCAUUUAAUCAGAAAGGCAAACAAGCCAAAAAGGAGAUAGCUCAGUAUGAAUAGAAAAUUACUAACGCCUGGGAUCGAGGGUAUACUCGAACUGAAUGUAAAUUCAACCGCAAUUUUGACAGUUGCAGAAAUUUGUACAAAACAUUUUUUGUAGUCGUAAUACAUUUAGUUUUUAAAGCAUCU